GACGCGGGAUGCGGGCGCUGAUCCUGGUCGGCGGCUUCGGGACGCGGCUGCGGCCGCUGACCCUGAGCCGGCCGAAGCCGCUGGUGGAGUUCUGCAACAAGGCGGUGCUGCUCCACCAGCUUGAAGCUCUCCGGCAGGCGGGCGUCAGCCAUGUGGUGCUGGCCGUGAGCUACAUGUCGGAAGCGCUGGAGGCCGCUAUGCGGGAGCAGGAACAACGGCUCGGCAUCCGCAUCUCCAUGUCCCACGAGAAGGAGCCGCUGGGCACAGCGGGGCCGCUGGCGCUGGCGCGGGACCUGCUGGCCGAGGACGGGGAGCCCUUCUUUGUCCUCAACAGCGACGUGAUCUGCGAGUUCCCCUUCGCGGCGCUGGCCCGCUUCCACCGGCAGCACGGCGGCGAGGGCUCCCUGGUGGUGACCCGCGUGGAGGAGCCGGCCAAGUACGGUGUGGUGGUGUGCGACGCCGACACCGGCCGCAUCUGCCGCUUCGUGGAGAAGCCGCGCGUCUUUGUGUCCAACAAGAUCAACGCUGGGCUCUACAUAUUUAACCCUGGCAUCUUGCAACGCAUCCAGCUGCGUCCCACCUCCAUCGAGAAGGAGAUCUUCCCAGCCAUGGCACAGGAUGGGCAGCUCUACGCCAUGGAGCUACAGGGCUUCUGGAUGGACAUUGGGCAGCCAAAGGAUUUCCUUACGGGCAUGUGCAUGUACCUGCAGGCGCUGCGGGCUCAGCACCCCGAGAAGCUGCACUCGGGGCCCGGUGUCGUAGGGAACGUGCUGGUGGACCCCAGUGCCAAGAUUGGGGCAAACUGUGUCAUCGGCCCCAACGUGACGAUCGGGGCCGGCGUGGUGGUGGAGGACGGGGUGCGCAUCAAACGCUGCACUGUGCUGGAAGGGGCCCGCAUCCGCUCCCAUUCCUGGCUGGAGUCCUGCAUCGUGGGCUGGAGCUGCUCCGUGGGGCAGUGGGUGAGGACACGGGUGUCCCUGCAGGGCAUGGGGACUCAGAUCUUGCCCUCCCACCUCCUCGGGCUGUGGCUGCAGGGAUGUGGUCCCUGCAGGCAGGAGCAGGAGCCCCGAGCCCAGGGAUGUGACAGGGCCUCUCUGGGGCAGGUGCGCAUGGAGAACGUGACUGUGCUGGGCGAGGAUGUCAUCGUCAACGACGAGCUCUACCUCAACGGGGCCAAUGUGCUGCCACACAAAUCCAUCGCCGAGUCUGUGCCAGAGCCACGCAUCAUCAUGUAGCAGCCCCCAGCAGGCCCCGCGCUCCCAGCUCUCCUUGGAUUAAAUAUUUAUAUUUCCA